CUUAUCAGCAUGCAAUCAAUCAAUACAGCUGUUCGUUCGUCAAAUGAAACCGCAAUUACUAUACAAUUUUAAUCAUUUUCCACACAAAAUAAGGGAAAUGGAAGUAAAUCCUAUUGCGGUAAUGCUUGUUUACAUGGACAGCAAAGGUGAUCGUCUAUUGUUUCGUUAUCCGUACGAAAAUGGUUAUAAAGAUAAGACACCGUUACAAGGUUUGCCACUCGCUGCUUCAGCGCCAGUUUUGAAUAAUCCUCCUCUGGUUGAUGUAGCAAUGAGCAGUUCGUCCACAUCACUAGUCUCACAAAUUUCCUCGGAGACUUGCAGAAAGCGCAAUCCCUAUGCCAUUAACAGUAGCGAUGAACUAUUACAGACUGUGCCUCCACCAAAUGUUGCACCUACCACCGUAUUCGGUGUUUGCAAUAGCGCAAUGUGUACUACAGUACCGAAGGGACAGCUGGAGGGCUUCACCGAUGAAGUUCUCUCCACGCUAUUUGCUGUAAAGCAGCAGUUGUGCAACCAAAAACUGGAAUUAAAAGUAAAUGAUGUGCGUUUCGUAUCGCACCCUACGUUAAUACCACGCACAGAGCAACGCAGUAGCGCUGGAAGUAGUGGCAUUGCCAGCACUAAUGUAAGCACCACAUCUACGAAUAUGCCACUUGCUGGGUCAGGCCAGGGCGUGCCUGGUGGUAGUACAACAACUUCGGUGCUAAUUUUGCCACAGCCGAAAUCUCAGCCACAGCAAAUGCUUAUAAAUAUAGUCUUUGCCUUACAUGCGCAGGCCAGUUACUCCAUAGUAAAGUGCUAUUAUGAACUAAGCAAACGGCUGGGUUUGGCUUUACGUGUCGAGGAGCAACGUACUGGCUACUGCACCGAGGAGACCAUGCUUAUGGCACGCACACAUGACGAACUGUCGUCACAACAGCAGCCGUUGGAGCGUACUUUUGAUGCCAUCGCCGAACGCAGUACUUUGGCGCAAGCGCUCAAGUCAAUCUAUCAUGAUUUAUGCACAACUGGAUUGCUGAAUACAACUUUAAAUCAGUACUUGACAGUGAGCUUCUGUCUGCCACAGAAAGCGCAUCAGUUGCACAAGAAGGGCAGCAUGGUUGACCCGGAGGCUAUAGACCGCUGUUUGCGUUCGUUAAAGCCCUAUCAUGGUAUGUUGCUCGUUGACUAUGCCGAGUUGCUCGAUUGCGUGCCACCGCGUGCAGCGCGCAUGCUACUACAGCUAGUAGAAAUCUACACACCUUUGAUGAGUUUGCAAAUGCUUGCCUCCGAGGCAGAUAUGAGCAUUGAGCAUGUUUACAAAAUGGUUUCACACUUGGUUUACUGGGGCAAGGCGACUAUUAUAUAUCCACUCUGCGAAACGAAUGUUUAUGUGAUUGCCCCCGAUGCGCCGUUGCAUACAAAAUCGCAUUUAGUGGAGAAAUUCUCUGCGCGCUUUGCUGGCAUGUCACUAUUUGAUGCCAUUUCACAUUUUUCGCUCCCUACUUCCAUUGGACAUUUGACCACACCGCUACAGCAGUCAGCGCGACAAGGCAUGCUCGCUCAAAUGGUUGUGUGGAUGCUGCAGCAUCAUCUGCUUAUGCAAUUACAUACGUAUGUACAGUUUAUGCCCAGCGAUUUUGAUGAUUUCUAUGGUGGUGUGAGCACGAUGAAUGUGGCAGGCAGCGAAUGUUCGGGGUGUAGCGAUGCUGAAAAUGAACACAAGUCAUCGCUAAUGGAUUUGCAAGAGGGCACCAAUACAAUCAGUUCUAUGGGUGUCGGCAAUGUGGGCGAAUUGAUGAUAUCGCCGCUGAGUAGGAGCAUUAAUGUCAGCGAUGAUGAGCUCAACGUUGGCUCACUGCUCUCCUGCGCCAGCCAACCGCUGCCAGUGCCACACACCAGCCAUCGUUCGAUUACUGAUGAUCGCUACUCUGGCGGCUGUUCAACGGCAUCAGACAAUAUAGUGGCGCAGCCUUCGUCUAGUCACAAGUCCAAUUUUAGCAUGACCGCCUCCAUUAGCACUGAAAACUGCGAAAGCAUCGCCUCCAUCGAGGAUGAAGAGAAAAUCAAAGAACUUCUCUCCGUUUUCAAUGAAGCGGAUCGUGCGGCUAUAAGGCGCAUACCAGCAUCGUCGAAUGUGGAUGAUCUUUCUUUGUUGGUUAAACUUUAUCAAGCGGGUUAUUUCAAAAGUGAACAUCACCUAGAGGAAAUUAUGUACUUUCAAAGUUUGCGUCCAGCCGAAUUGCUGCAACUGCUAGAUAAAUUUCGUGAUGUGCUAAUAAUCUAUGAGACUGAGGAUCCUGCUAUUGCAUCGAUGUACAAUAAUAAAUGAAGCACGAGUGAUUAAAAUGGAGGAAACAUAGGUGACAUGCGGGCGCUAGUGCUUGAAAAAGUGAAUUGAGCAACCGAAAUGCAAAAUGGUCUGGGUGUGCAGCAUAAACUGCAGUUUUUUCGUUGUGAUGCAAUUUAUAUUUUUUUAAGUUCUUUGCUUGGUGCGUGGUAAAGUGAAAUACGAAUUAAAAAAAACUACAAUUAUUUUUUUAUAAUUUUUUAAUUUUAUUUUUUCUCUGCUUGUUAAAACUAGUGUGGUUUGUUUUACUUGUUUUUUGUUUGUAUAAUUUUUACUUUUUCCUACAACAAAAUACAAGUUUUAGAGUUUAAUUAAAUGUUUUCGGUUUUUGCACGUACAAGGAAGGGACGACAACAACGUUUACAGAGGAGUAUAU